AUGGCUCUUGGAGGAUGCACCAACCUCACCACGCUUGACCUAAGUAGAAACCAUCUCCAAGGUGAGAUCCCGGGCGAGAUAGGCUCCAGCUUGAAGAAUCUUGUCACUUUGAACCUUUCCAGAAAUGAUUUGUCAGGACAUAUCCCUGGCUCGCUGCUACGAUCACCAUCCAUCCAAACCGUGUCUAUGUUUCUCAACAGAUUAUCUGGUAGGAUACCACCUGUUUUGGGCAACCUCUCCAACCUCAAAUAUCUUCAAGUCGAUCACAACGCCCUGUCCGGACCUAUCCCAUCGUCUUUGGGCAUGUUGCCCAAACUGUCUCGGCUCAGCCUCGGCUUCAACAACUUGAGUGGAGUGAUCCCCAAUUCCAUUUGGAACAUUUCCUCUCUAGCACUGCUUUCCGUCCAGGAAAAUAUGCUUAGUGGAACAAUACCUCCAAACGCAUUCAGUAAUCUUCACCUUCUCCAAGACAUAUCGUUGGAUGUUAACCACUUCCAUGGCCCCAUCCCAGCUGCAAUAGGUAAUGCUUCUAAUAUCGCAUUACUUCAGAUGUCACAGAACUUUUUCAGUGGCAUCGUUCCUCCGGAGGUUGGAAGCUUUCCGAAUCUCUUCCGGAUAAACCUCCAACAAAACUUGCUUCACGCAAAAGAGCCCAAAGAUUGGGAAUUCAUAACCACGUUAACAAAUUGCACACAGUUACAAGUUUUGGGGUUGGGAACCAAUAAGUUUGAGGGCGUCCUCCCUGAUUCACUUUCCAACCUUUCCACCUCCUUGGUGCAACUCGGCCUUCAAGAGAACAAAAUAUCAGGAAGCAUCCCUAAAGAUAUAGGUAACCUCAUUAACUUGCAAUUUAUCAUUCUCUAUACUAACUCUUUCACCCAAACUCUCCCCUCUUCAUUGAGUAGCCUCAAAUUCCUUUCCCUACUCCAAGUAAACGAAAAUAAAAUUAGUGGGUCUAUUCCACAGAAUAUAGGAAAUCUUACUGAACUAAUUUCUUUGGACCUCAGCAUGAAUGCCUUCGGUGGUACGUUACCACGCACGCUUGGAAACCUAACAAACUUGUUGACACUAGAUCUUUCAAGUAAUAACUUUACAGGACCAAUACCCAGCGGAUUAUUCAACAUCCCAACACUCUCAGAAUAUCUUUCUCUAUCAAGUAAUAACUUGGAGGGAUCACUACCUCACGAAAUAGGGAAUCUAAAAAAUCUAGUAGAAUUCCAUGCAGAGUCGAACAAAUUAUCAGGUGAAAUCCCUAGCACCAUUGGUGGAUGUCAACUUCUCCAGCAACUCUACCUCCAAAACAACAAAUUUGAAGGUACCAUCCCAUCAAUCCUUAGUCAAAUGAAAGGUCUACAAACUCUAGACAUUUCGAGCAACAAUUUGUCAGGCCAGAUACCUAAAUCAUUUGCAGACCUUACCACACUCUAUUAUCUCAACCUUUCAUUCAAUAGCCUUGCUGGGGAAGUGCCAAUCACUGGUGUUUUUGCAAAUUCUUCAGCAAUAUCAAUCCAAGGAAAUGGAAACCUUUGUGGCGGUGUACCUAAUUUACAUUUGGCCCCUUGUUCCUUGCAAUUAGAAAAGAAAAAACAUAAAUUCCCGGUUGCGUGCAUGCCUAUUUCUAUCAUUGCAACACUGGUUGUUCUUGCCUUCAUCUACAAGCUUCUUCUUACCUGGCAAAAUAAAAUACAAGCAACAAUCCCGUCAACAACGUCCAUGCAAGGUUACCAACUGAUUUCUUAUAGUCAGUUGGCGAGGGCAACAGAUGGUUUCUCGGCAGGGAAUUUGCUGGGUUCUGGAUCAUUUGGGUCUGUGUACAAAGGAGAGUUGGAUGGUCAUGCUGGAGAAAAUUCAAACCUUGUUGCUGUCAAGGUAUUAAAACUUCAAACUCCAAAGGCGCCGAAGAGUUUCACUGCCGAAUGCAAAGCAUUAGGAAAUAUGCGACACCGCAAUCUUCUCAAGAUAGUUACAGUUUGCUCAAGCAUUGAUACCAGAGGGAAUGAAUUCAAAGCAAUUGUGUAUGACUUCAUGCCUAAUGGUAGUCUAGAAGGUUGGCUACAUCUUGACACAAGUGACCAAGCAGAGCAAAAGUAUUUGAAUCUGCAUCAAAGAGUGACAAUACUACUUGAUGUGGCUUAUGCCUUGGAUUAUCUUCACUGUCAUGGUCCUGCACCUGUUGUACAUUGCGAUGUGAAGCCAAGUAAUGUGCUCCUAGAUGAUAAUAUGGUAGCGCAUGUUGGAGAUUUUGGUCUUGCUAAGAUUCUUAACGAGGGAAGCUCAUUUCUCGAGCAGUCCACGAGCUCAAUGGGAUUUCGAGGGACAAUUGGUUAUGCUGCCCCAGAGUAUGGUGCUGGAAACCCUGUGUCCAAGCAUGGAGAUGUUUACAGUUAUGGCAUUCUUGUGCUGGAAACAGCCACUGGAAAGAGGCCCACCGAUAGCAAAUUCAGACAAGGAUUGAGCCUUCGUGAGUAUGUUGAGCUUGGUCUAUGUGAUAGUAUGAUGGAGGUUGUGGACAUGCGGCUAUCGUUGGAUCUUGAGUAUGGGCUUCAAACUGUGAAUGCUUCUGCCUACAAGAGAACGAUUGAUUGCCUUGUUUCGCUACUUAAACUCGGAAUUUCCUGCUCUCAGGAAUUGCCGUCAAGUAGAAUGCCAACCGGAGAUAUCGUCAAGGAACUUCAUGCCAUGAAAGAAUCUCUCUCGAGGGAGUAG